GUUACGGUAAACUGGCUCUGCCGCAGGUUCGAGUGGGAAGAUAAAGAGCAGUUCAGAUAUCUGUUGGCCACAGUCAUGUCGAAGGGCACCGUGGUUCUGGCCUACAGCGGCGGGCUCGACACCUCCUGCAUCCUGGUGUGGCUCAAGGAGCAGGGCUACGAUGUCAUUGCUUACCUGGCCAAUAUUGGGCAGGACGAGGACUUUGAUGCUGCACGGAAGAAGGCGGAGAGCCUUGGGGCCAAGAAGGUGUUCGUCGAGGACCUGCGGGCUGAGUUCGUGGAGGAGUUCAUCUGGCCGUCCGUUCAGGCCAACGCCAUCUACGAGGACCGCUACUUGCUGGGCACCUCCAUCGCGCGGCCGUGCAUCGCGCGUCGCCAAGUCCUCAUUGCCCGCCAGGAAGGGGCGCAAUACGUCGCUCACGGAGCUACAGGAAAGGGAAAUGAUCAGAUUCGGUUCGAGCUCACCUGCUACGCCCUCUACCCUUCAGUGCAGAUCCUCGCUCCAUGGAGGAUCCCAGAGUUCUACAACCGCUUCAAAGGCCGGAAGGAUCUGAUGGAUUAUGCUCAGAAACACGGCAUCCCAGUCCCCGCGACCCCCAAAGCACCGUGGAGCAUGGAUGCCAACCUGAUGCACAUCAGCUAUGAGUCGGGGAUCCUGGAAAAUCCCAAGAACCACCCCCCCUCGGACAUCUUCUGCAUGACCAAGAACCCAGAGGACUCUCCCAGCGCUCCUGAUGUUCUGGAGAUCGAGUUCAGCAAAGGGGUUCCGGUGAAGGUGACGCACCUCAAGGAGGGGACAUCCAAGACCACGCCUCUGCAGAUCUUCACCUACCUCAAUGAGAUCGGCGGGAGACACGGCGUCGGGAGGAUCGACAUAGUUGAGAACAGGUUCAUCGGCAUGAAGUGCAGAGGCAUCUACGAGACCCCGGGGGGCACUAUCCUGUACCAUGCCCACCUGGACAUGGAGAUCUUCACCAUGGACAGGGAAGUGCGUCGCAUCAAGCAGGGCCUGGGGAUCAAUUUCUCCGAGCUCGUUUACAAUGGAUUCUGGUACAGCCCGGAGUGUGAGUUUGUCCGCCACUGCAUCGCCAAGUCGCAAGAGAACGUGGAGGGGAAGGUGCAGGUGUCUGUCCUCAAGGGCCACGUGUACAUCCUAGGCCGAGAGUCCCCCAAGUCGCCGUACAACGAGGAGCUUGUGAGCAUGGAUGUGCAGGGAGACUAUAACCCCUGCGAUGCUUCGGGAUUCAUCAAGAUCAACGCCGUCAGGCUGAAAGAGUACAACCGGCUGCAGAACUACUCCUUCAGAAGCUAAGAGGGGUCACCGGAGGCAGGGGUCCGGUCUGGCGCCCAUCUACAUCCCCGUCACAGCUGCCGGUCUCCUCAGGGGCUCCGCUUUCAUCACCCCUGCUGCACCCCGUUCUGUAGUACAGUGCUUGCAUGUGGUUAGAGCUUUACAGUAGAUGUAGGGUUGAUGGAGGAGAGGGAUACGAUAAGCCUAGUUUAGUCAAGUAUGUGGAGAAGUGGAGGAGUUGGCGCUGCAAUAAAAGGAUUUCAUUGUUUGC